AUGGCCACUUCUUCUGACCAACCUAUGGAAGCUUGUUGUGAAGGUUCCGGUGCCUUUGUUUCCCAACCUCAUGCAUUGGAAGGGGUUGGAGACCAUAUCUCGAAUCAAUAUGUUCCCCACACUAGUGGUUCUGAAGUGGGAAACCAUCAAGGUGUAAGAGCUGGUCCACAUCCUCACAUGAGUCAUGGUACUCAAACCAUGAAUCCUCAUUUUCAACAAAUGGCUGAAUUCUUCAACCACAUGGCAGAAUUGAUGCAUGAUCCCCACAGGAUUAACUUUGCAAAAUUGAGGAAAAUGGGUGGAGUGGAGUUUGAAGGCACUGUUGAUCCCAUUGAUGCUGAACAAUGGCUAGAUCGCAUGCAGAGGGAUGCUUACGAUUGGUGGGUAAGUGUUCUAAAUGCCAAAGUAAAACCUCUUAUUCUUACUUGGGAUGAUUUUCUUAAGGAAUUUCGUAAGAAGUAUGUCCCACCUGCUUAUUGUGAUGCAAAGAAAAAGAAGUUUUUGAAUAUAAGGCAACUAGGCAUGUCUAUUGCUGAAUACAAAAAGAAGUUUCUAAUGCUCUCUCGCUAUGCUAGUGGUAUUAUUAAAGAGGAAAAAGACAAGUGUAGGAAGUUUGAAGACGGUUUAAAUGAUUCCAUUAGGAAGAAUGUGGCGAUCCUGCAACAUGAGAAAUUUUGUAAGGGAAGGUUUGAUAAUUCUAAGGCUGGUAGUGAUAACAGGCCACCUCAACAAAGGCAAAACAGAUCAAAAUUUUCUACAGCUAGCACUCCAAAUUAUGGCCAAGGCAAGACUCGCCUUCCCACUUGUCCACAAUGUGGAAAGAAUCAAUAUGGAACUUGCAGGAGAGCUUCUAGUGCAUGUUUCAAUUGUUGGAGCUUUGAUCAUAAAGUAAAGGAUUGUCCUCAUCCUAAUAAUGCUCUAUCGUUGAUAACUAAAGGCUCAAUUCAUAAGCCUUCUGUCAAUCCUCCACAAACUAAUAGAGGUGCAAGACCUAAAAACACUCAGGCAGCAGGUACAAGUGGAGCUAAUCAAGCUAGUGGGCAAAGGCCUAUUGUGCGCACUUAUGCUAUGAGGGAGAGGGUUCAUCAAGAUGGACAAGAUGUGGUUGACGGUAAAUUUCACUUACUUGGCUUAUGUGUGUUUACAUUAUUUGAUCCUGGUUCUACACAUUCUUAUAUUUGUUCAUCACUUGCUCUUCCUGAAAAUGUAAGAAGGUUGAAGCGUCAAGGUUGUGGGGCAUACCUUACUCACAUAGUUGAUUCACAGUUGAAGAGUCCUUGUAUCAAGGACAUACCUGUUGUAUGUUGUUUUCCAGAAGUAUUUCCAAAAAACCUUCCAGGAUUGCCCCCUGAAAGAGAGGUUGAAUUUUCAAUCGAGCUUAUUCCUGGAUCUACUCCUAUUUCGAUCACCCCUUAUAGAAUGGCUCCAACAGAGUUAAGAGAAUUGAAAGCUCAAUUGCAAGAACUACUUGAGAAAGGAUACUACAGAAGAUUUGUGAAAGGCUUUUCCAUUAUCGCCUCUCCUUUGACUAAGCUCUUGAAGAAGGACGUAAAGUUUAUUUGGGAUGACAAAUGUCAAGAGAGCUUUGAAACUCUCAAAUCCUUGUUGACUCAAGCGCCUAUACUUACUCUACCAAUUGAAGGGAAAGAGUAUGUAGUAUACAGUGAUGCUUCUCACAAUGGUCUCGGAUGCGUUUUGAUGCAAGAAGGGAAGGUGAAAGAAGCACAAAUGUUAGAUGAGAAACUUGUAAAAUUUACCAGAGAAGUUCAAAGUGGGGAAAAACUUGAUUUUACAUUUACGGAGGAUGGUGGCUUAUUUUAUCAAAACAGGUUAUGUGUUUCUAAUGAUUACAAAUUGAGGAGAGAAAUAUUGAAUGAAGCAUAUACUUCACCAUAUGCAAUGCAUCCUGGAGGUACAAAGAUGUACUGGACCAUCAAAGAAAAUUAUUGGUGGAAUGGUAUGAUGAGAGACAUUGCGGUGUUCGUCACUAAAUGUUUGAGAAAUCAUGAAGCAAUAUGGGUGAUUAUGGACAAGCUAACCAACAGUGCUCACUUCUUAGCAAUCAGGAUGGAUUACUCACUUGAGCAUUUAGCCGAGUUGUAUAUUAAUGAGAUUGUAAGACUACAUGGGAUCCCUGUGUCUACUGUAUCAGACUGGGACCCAAGGUUUACAUCUAGAUUUUUGGGUAGCUUACAAGAAGUUUUGGGUACUAAGUUGAGGUUUAGCACUUCAUUCCAUCCUCAUGCAGACGGCCAGUCGGAAAGAGUGAUACAAAUUUUGGAGGUUAUGGUUCGAGCUUUCAUUAUGGAGUUUGAAGUUGAAUCUAUUGAGGUUAAUCCCGACUUGAUGUAUAAUGAAGAACCUAUUAUAAUUCAAGCUCAAGAAGUAAAGAAACAUAGGAACAAGAGAAUCCCCUUAGUAAAGACAGAGUGCAGAAAUGCAACGUUGUUGGAGGACAUGAACAUCCCUGGGCUCAUGACUCAUGCUCAGCAGGUUGAGGGAUGCAACCUUAGAGAACAUGCUAAGGACAAUAAGAAGGCUAGGACAAGUUACUAUGAGUACUCUCAAUAG